GACGGGGGAGGGUGAGUGAGGCUCCGCUGCAGGUCUGUUCACUGGGCUAACUAAACUCCAUCAUCAAGCUAGUUAGCACCGCGACGCGGUGAUCGCUGCCCGGAGGUGCGCCGGAUGGCAACAGGAGAAGAUGGACCAGAGAGGUCUCGGUGCCUGGACAAUCACCGUCGAGCCGUGAGCCACUUCCGUUAAGGGCAAUUAAGCCUCUCCAUUCAUGCUGUCGCUGGUCGACAGCGGAGUUUGAGCUCUGAGUGGCGGGGAAGCCCAGUCGCCACCUCGCUGGGACAUCACGGCUCGAUCACCGCCGAGUGGCAGCAUGGUGGUCCCGGACAGCGCCAGCAUGGUCCCGAACGGGGAGUUGAGUCCCACCGGCCACACGGAGAGCUCCGGGGCGGGCUGCGAGGAGGAGGCCGGGGACCCGGACCUGACUGUGGGGGAGCUGGAGGAGGUCCGAAAGCUGCAGGAGCUGGUUCGGAGGCUGGAAAUCCAGAACGAGACGCUGCGCAGCAGGGGUGGCAAGACUAUCAUCCCCAGAGGAGCCAACAGCAACCUCACUGCUGCCGUCAACAUCAACGAGAGGAUGACCCACUCCCACCUCAGGCUGGAGGACAGCGGCGAGCUGGACACCGACUGCAAGCUGUCCCCCGCACAGGACAGCUGCAGCAGCAGCGGCGAGGAGAUGUCCCCUCUACCCCCGGCCAGCACACUGGAGGAAGGGGACGAAGAGGAGGGAGCGGGAGAAGAUGAGCGGGGUCCGUGCGGGGGCUUCCUGACUCUGACCUGCAACAACGGAGCGGGACAGGGUCAGGAGCACAGCCGGACGCCAGAGAGCCCCUCUCAGGAGAGCUACGAGUCCGAGACACUCGCAGAGAGCGACUCGGGCGUGGACAAAUCUGCACUGGACGAAGUGGACGUCCUGGAUCUGGAGGAUGAGAGUGCAGAAGUGGAGGAUGAAGACAGUUGGUUGUAUGUGUCGCCUAAAAAGCAAGUCGCAGAUCAGGGGCCAGACUCGCCGUUGAAGUGGUGCCGGCAGGCUCUUGACCAUCGCAGCCCAGAAACAGAAAUGGCGUGUCGGACACUGAUCAACCGUCUGGACCAGAGUGUCACGAGCAUGCAGUCAGCCCUGAGCUCGCAGUCCUCCAUAGACAGCGAGCUCAGCACAUCGGAUGACUCCAUCUCCAUGGGAUACAAGCUCCAGGAUCUGACCGAUGUCCAGAUCAUGGCCCGCCUACAGGAGGAAAGUCUAAGGCAGGAUUAUGCCUCCAGCUCGGCGUCCGCAUCCCGCCGCAGCUCCUCCACGUCUCUGCAGUCCCUGCGUCGGGCGGGGGCCUACAGCGACCAGGAGUUUGACACGUACAGCCUGGAGGAUGAAGAGGAUGACUUCUGCUCCGCCCCACAGCGCCCACACCGCUUCACCCCCUCGCCGUUAGGCUCACCACGUUGCCUCUCUCCCUCCACCUCCAACCACAGUCAGGAAUACUGCGGCCGACUCGGGGCGCCACGCACAAGAACCCCCCGGCGGUCCCUCCAGGGCCCCAGUGCAGAGCUGCUCAAAUUUGCCAAGAGUGAAGAGGAGUUGAGGCACAGCAUGCCUAACCUGGCCCCCCGCACCAGCCUGCGUUCCCUGGAAGCAGUCAGAAACAGCCGCAGCAUGGAGGCUAACCUCCAGAGCUCUGGCAGCCGCAUGUCUCACCUGAGUCACUCCCCCUCCACAGGACUCCAGUUAAGGCUGUCACACCUGUGGGCACUAUCGCAACUGGUCGUCAGCAUUCCAGAGGCCUGCCUGUUGUCCAGGCACCACCUGCAGGAUGUGGCCGCAGGAUCCAAUCGCCAGGAUCUGGAAAUGGUGGAGCGUACAUACCAGGGAGGGCUGCGGCUGGGGCUGGAAGGGCUGCAGUGGGAAGGGGGGGUCAGGGUUUGGCACCGGCCUCCACAAGAAGUAAACUUUCACAACCUCCCAGAAGGACACAGCGUUAUCAUGCCUGAGAAUAUUCUGGGGACAGAGGUUGCAAUAGAAGAAGCUUUGGAUACCCAUCAUCACCAUGUCUUAACAUCAGACCUAAUCCAGGACUCAAACCAUCACCAUGACGACAUGCCAGACCAAGUGUUUGUGGCAGAGCUGCUGUCUGAACACCAGGAUAACACACUGGACCACCAGCUUGUGUCUCAAGGUUUGAUGGUGACUGAGGCCAACUCUGAGACCAUAAUCCAUCAGCAGCUGCCAGCUGAGGCUGUUCCCCUGCAGACCGAUGAAGAUGAUGAUGGAAGAAGCAGUUCUGAGGAUUAUCUAAUGAUCUCCCGUGGAACAGAGGUGAUAACAGAGGACGAUUACCAGAAUGGCCAUCCUGAUCUAGAAGCAGCAUCAUCAGGCAGAUUGGGAGUCGGUCGUGACAAGAUGGUCUACAUGGCAGUCAAAAAUCCACCAAAAGAAGAAGAGGAAGAUGAAGAUGAUAGUGAUGAUGAUGAUGAGGAUGAUAUUAGCAGUACAAUUGAUCAGGUGAAGAAUGGAGUGGCUACACCUUUUCUGCAAAUCCGGGAGGGACUAGGUGCAAACCGUGCACUUAAACCCAAAGCUAAAAAGAAGAAGAAAGGAGACACACGGCAGUGUCAGACUGCUGUCAUCAUCGGACCAGAUGGAAUGCCUUUGACAGUCUAUCCGUGCCACAUCUGUGGAAAGAAAUUCCGCUCACGGGGCUUCCUCAAAUGCCACAUGAAGAACCAUCCAGACCAUUUGCUCAAGAAGAAGUACCAGUGUACAGACUGUGACUUUACCACCAACAAGAAGGUCAGUUUUCACAACCACUUGGAGAGUCACAAGCUCCUGAGCCACAACAGCGAGCGAUCUCCAGAAUACACAGAGUAUACGCGGCGCUACCACGAGUCCAGCCCCCUGGGCUCCGACAAACUCAUCGUCAAGGACCGGGAGCCCAAACUCCAUCACUGCAAGUACUGCGAAUAUGAGACAGCUGAGCAGGGUCUGCUCAACCGUCACUUGCUGGCAGUGCACAGUAAGAACUUUGCACACGUGUGCGUUGAGUGUGCCAAAGGUUUCCGUCACCCGUCAGAGCUGAAGAAACACAUGCGGACCCACACGGGUGAAAAGCCGUACCUCUGUCCACACUGCGAGUUCCGCUGUGCGGAUCAGUCCAACUUAAAGACUCACAUCAAGAGCAAACAUGGUGCAGAUCUGCCUUUCAAGUGCAGCCACUGUCCCCAAGCUUAUGCCGACGCGCGUGAACUCCAGCGUCACAUAGAGAUGGUGCAAGGCCACAAGACCCACCAGUGUCCACACUGUGAGCACAAGAGCACCAACUCCAGUGACCUGAAACGGCACAUUAUCUCAGUUCACACCAAGGACUUCCCUCAUCAGUGUGACGUAUGUGAGAAAGGCUUUCACAGGCCGUCUGAGUUGAAGAAACACGCUGAGACACACAAGGGCAACAAGGUGCAUCAGUGCCGGCACUGCAACUUCAACGCCCCCGACACUUUCACCCUGAGUCGCCAUAUCUUGUCCCUGCAUACUAAAGAUCUGCCCUUUAAGUGCAAACGCUGCCGGCGAGGUUUCCGGCAGCCGGCUGAGCUAAAGAAGCACAUGAAGACACACAGUGGUAGAAAAGUUUAUCAGUGCCAGUAUUGUGAGUACAACAGUACGGACGCUUCUGGCUUCAAACGCCACGUCAUCUCCAUUCACACCAAGGACUACCCCCACCGCUGCGACUACUGCACCAAGGGCUUUAGGAGGCCUUCAGAGAAGAGCCAGCACAUAGCCAGGCAUCACAAAGACAUGUUGAUGUAACACAUCACAACACACACUCCUCUCCCGAUUAAAUCUGUGUCACACACCUAGCAGUAAUUUUAGUGUAUUAACAAAGAAACGAUGGACGCAGGCAGAACAUGAAGGUGUUAUGAUUGCUGUCCUGUGUUGCAUUGGGCUCAAACCUCCUCCUCCUGGGGUGAUGCAAGAACAUAUUUUAGAUGGAGUGAAGUCUAAAUAAGACUGUGUACACUGAGUGGGACAGCUGUAAAUUGUUUUUUGUUGCAGAAAAUCACAUAAGAGCAUAUAUUCAGGGUUUCAAAUGUCUAUAUUUUUAUACCCACUCAGCUGAAAUGCUGCAAGAUGACUGUCAGUGCUUUGUGGACGUCAUGCAGGUUCUUCAGAUGAUGGAAAGAACACAGGAGGCGUUUGCCUCCGUACACCAACCAGUAUCUUUUGCUCAUCAACCAGCUUUCACCCUGACAUUUCUUUUCAGUACUGUUUGAUUUUAAAUUCUGGGGCCAUUCGUAAGUUCAGUUAUGUUGGAACACAAUGCAUCUUGAAGAAAAAAAUUUCAUUUAGUUCAACAGUUGAACUUGUGUCAUUUUGGAUUUUUCUCCUAACAGCCAUUUAAUGGAACGUUGAGCUCCAUUAAACUAAUCAUGUAUUGAUAACUCAAACUUUACUGUGUUGCAUAUGUAAUAAAAAGUGGAAUUAGAUGUUCUGGUCUUGUCAAAAGUGUCUGGCAAGGAGGACAGAGGUGCAGCUGGUAUAUUAGGAAAUCCCUUUCGUGUACACAUUUCUGACUUAGAGGUCUGGUGUUCUAUCUGCUGUGGCGAUGCAGAUAAUCUACCAGUGUAUUAUUAUUAUUGUUAUCAUCCUUAUUAUUAUUGUUAUUAUAUGAACACAACAGAUGGUUGGCUUCACAUUUCUUACCCCCACGAAGUGGUUGUAUUGUACCUGCCACCGUAAAUUGCAUUUGUGUGGUGUUACCUUUGACACGGACGUACUCUGCUAACCAUUUGAUCGCAAUCAUGCCUUACAUCUGUUGGUCUUUAUCCCUGAAGCACUGAUGAACACAGCUAAUCAGAAAAGAAGUGAUUCUUAACUCUCAAACAUGCUGUAUCAAUGCCAUUCUCUCAGAGAUUAUGUGUUUGAGUCAGUAGAAAGCACUUUAAUAUUUUUUUGUACUUUAAUGAUGUAUGGGAGUUAAUUAUCUAGGGAUAUAUCUACAUGUAUAAAGGUAUGUCCAUAGGGGCAAAAUGCUCAGAGCUGAGGGGUUAAGAUGAGGAUUGGAGUAUUAACUCUUAACAAGUGGGCACGAUACAUUACUGCAUCAUAAUUGAAUUGUUAUUGAAAGUUGUGGUUGAAACCAUUUAUUGUUUUGUUCUAUGGAUACGUGAUUGGGUUUUGUGUUUUGUUUGUGCUCACUAACAAGUCCCCCACACACUAGUCCUCCAGUCCUAAAUAACCAAACCCAGUCCCAAGCAUGGGAUUAUUUCCUCCAAGUGGUCAUUAUAUUGGCAUUAGUCUUUAAAGUAUGCACAUAUGCUGUCUCCAUGAAAUUAAUUGUGGUAUAUAUUAAAAAUCCCUGCAUUUUGUGUACGUUAGUCUAUAUUUUUCUUUCAGUCGGAUUGUGGAUAAACUACUGGUGGGGAAGAACCAAAAUAAACAACUAUCUUUUUAAAGGUUUUGUGCUUUCUCUUAUAGCGGAAGGGGAGGAUUUCAUGUUGGUCAG